AUGACAAAUUAUGAAAUAACUGAAGUUGAAAAUCAAAUCAAAUCUAUUCUUCGUCAUCAAUCGUCAAAUAAUUCAACUCAAUCAUCAACAACAUUAUCAUCGAAUAUUACUUCAAAUACUAAUGCCAUAUCAACAAUAGAAAAGAAAAAAAAGAAAUCAUUAAUUAGUUUUUUUGUUAGUGCAAUUAAUGGUGAAGAUAUUCAAGAAACAAAAAAACAACAAACAACAAUGAAAAUAUUGAAUGAGGAAUUCAAAUUAUAUAAAAAAUUAGCUGCUCAAUUUGUGUUAACAGCAAAUGAUGUUUAUGAUACAUUAAUAUUUUGGAAACAAAAUAAAGUCUUAUUUCCGAAUUUAAUGACAUUAGCUCAAAAAUAUUUAUCAGUUCCUGGAACAAGUGUUAAAGCCGAAUCGGCUUUUAGUAUAUCAUCUUAUAUUGGUCGUAAACAACGUGCACGAUUAUCAGCAGAUAAUUUGUGCUUUUCUGUUUUUCUUAAAGAUAAAUUAUAA